UCAAUUUUUAGUUUUUUGGCCCUAUUUUCAAAAUUUCAGUAUAAACUUAAUUUUAUUGUAGAACAAAAUUUCUAAAUAGGCAAUAAUGAGUACCGAACAAACAGUGUCUAAAAAGUACAACCACAAUCUACCUUAUCGCAAAGUAAAUCAAUACCCGGAGAGUGCACAUCUUGUCUCCCAACGUCAGAGAACAACAGAACAACAGGACAUACCAACUCAACUGACAAGACACAUAAAAUGUUCUGAAUACGUUAGUCACGUAAACAGUGAUAGAUGUUCUGAAAUGGAGCAGAGUAUUGGAAACACUAUUAUUUCACCUUCAAUCACUUGCAUUAAAAGAGGAAGAGUGAAAGAACUUCUGGAAAAAUUUGAAAAAGCCAAUUCACAAGAGUCAACAAUAAAUAUUAGGCCCAAUGCACAAGUCAGUGUUCAUAGUAAAUCAAUACCCGGAGAGUGCACAUCUUGUCUCCCAACAUCAGAGAACAACAGAACAACAGGACACACCAACUCAACUGACAAAGCACAUAAAAAGUUCUGAGUAUAUUAGUCAAGUUAACAGUGAUAGGUGUUCUGAAAUGGAGCAGAGUAAUGGAAACACUACUAUUUCACCUUCAAUCACUUGCAUUAAAAGAGGAACAGUGAAAGAACUUCUGGAAAAAUUUGAAAAAGUCAAUUCACAAGAGUCAACAAUAAAUAUUAGGCCCAAUGCACAAGUCAGUGUUCAAGAGUCUACAAUAAAUGCUGACAAAGGAAACCUAAAAUAUCAUGGCAGUUCAAAAGAGGACAUAAUGCCAUGCAUGGGUUGCAACAAGGAAUUCAACAACCCGAACGCUUUCAACAGUGAGCAGUGUAUAGUUAAUUCAGAAACUGGGUCUAAUUGUGACAGUUAUUCGGAUUCGAAUCUCAUCACCAGGGAACAAUUAUUAGCUUUGACUGAAGAAAAGAAAAGAGAAAUAAACAGUUUCAAAAAGAGAUGCUAGAGUUGGUGCUAGUGUUGUUACUUUGGAUUUAAAUACUGUUGUACCAUUUGAAUUGCUUAAAAUUUGUUCUAAAAUUAAAGAAAAUAAACUUGAUUGGAAGGCUGAUGUCUACUAAUA